AUGUUCAGUCUGAUCAAAAAGGAGAAGGAUGGAGGGAAGAAAGAGAAGGAUAAGAAGGACAAGAAGGAGAGGAUGUCUGCGGCGGAGCUGCGCAGCCUGGAGGAGAUGAGCAUGAGGCGUGGCUUCUUCAACCUCAAGAGAGAGUCCAAGCGCGAUUCCAAGAACAAGCUGGAGAUCUCCAACCCCAUCCCCAUCAAGGUGGCCAGCAGCCACGAGCUCAGCCUCACUGACAUCGAGUCAGACGGCCUGAGCAACCGCAGUAGCAUGGUGCUGGACGUAGACGGCCUGAGCGCUGCCAGCUCCACCGAUGACCUGAAGGGCGAGGGGGGCGGCUGUCUGGACAAGGACCGUGGCUCGGUGCGAGACCGCGUGGCCCACUUCGGCUCGAUGGCCAAGCACAACUCCUCUCAGGUCAUGAAGCGCUUCUCCUUCUCCCAGAGGAGCAAAGAGGAGAGCCCCUCGGAGACCUCCACGCUCUCGGGACAGAACUCAGCUGCUCCGUCCCCGCAGGUGGAGAACAAGGUGUUCGACCCGCAGAGUAAGCACAGCCUCCAGCAGCAGAAGCUGGGGUUGGGGGUCGGGGUGUGGGUCGGGCCAGCACCUUGGCCAGUGCCGGUCAAGAUGGCUCGCAUCCCUGAGGUGGUGGACAAGACCUUCCCUGCUGACCUGAGGCUCCCGGUUGUCAUCCCUCCACAGUCUCCGGAGCCACGGGAGCUGGAGCUCCAGCGCCGCAACACGGGUGACUUCGGAUUCUCCCUGCGCCGCACCACCAUGUUGGACCGCGGAGCCGACGGAGGGGUCUACCGGAGGGUGGUGCACUUCGCAGAGCCCGGGGCCGGCACUAAGGACCUGGCCCUGGGGCUGGUGCCGGGAGACCGUCUGGUGGAGAUCAACGGGGGAAACGUGGAGAACAAGACCAGGGACGAGAUUGUGGAGAUGAUCCGUCAGUCUGGGGACACGGUGAGGCUGAAGGUGCAGCCCAUCCUGGAGCUGAGUGAGCUGAGCCGCUGCUGGCUGAGGAACACAGACGGCCAGCGCCGAGAGGCCCAGGAUGGACAGGUGGACGAGGACCCCGUGGCCAUCCUUCAGGCGUCUCAUGCCGCUGCCCAACAACCCAAGGUGAAGACAGAGGAGCAGAUAGCCACAGAGCAGGCAUGGUACGGCUCAGAGAAGGUCUGGCUGGUCCACAAGGAUGGCUUCUCCCUGGCGACACUGCUGAAGACUGAGGCGGGCUCCCUGCCGGAGGGGAAGGUGAAGAUCAAACUGGAACAUGACGGGACAAUCCUGGACGUAGAUGAGGAUGACGUGGAGAAGGCGAACCCCCCGUCGUUUGACCGCUCUGAGGACCUGGCCUCGCUGCAGUACCUCAAUGAGUCCAGUGUGAUGCACUCCCUGCGGCAGCGUUACGGGGGAAACCUCAUCCACACACACGCCGGGCCCAACAUGGUCAUCAUCAAUCCCCUCAGCGCUCCCUCCAUGUACUCAGAGAAGGUGAUGCACAUGUUUAAGGGGUGCAGGCGAGAGGACACGGCACCUCACAUCUACGCGGUGGCUCAGUCGGCCUACAGGAACCUGUUGACCACGCGUCAGGACCAGUCCAUCGUGCUGCUGGGGAAGAGCGGCAGCGGCAAGACCACCAACUGUCAACACCUGGUCCAGUACCUGGUCUCCAUCGCUGGCAGCACCGGAAAGAUCUUCUCUGGAGAGAAGUGGCAGGCAGUAUACACCAUCCUGGAAGCAUUUGGGAACAGCUCCACCUCCAUGAACACCAACGCCAGCCGCUUCUCUCAGAUUGUCUCUCUGGACUUCGACCAGGCUGGCCAGGUGGCCUCCGCAUCCAUACAGACCAUGCUGCUUGAGAAGCUGAGAGUGACCAAACGGCCGGAGACUGAGUCCACCUUCAACGUCUUCUACUACAUGAUGUCCGGAGCUGAUAGCACUCUCAGAACGGAGCUGCACUUUAACCACUUUGCAGAGAACAGCGCAUUUGGAAUUGUGCCUCAGUCUAAACCGGAGGACAAACAGAAGUCAUCUCAGCAGUUCACCAAGCUGCAGGCAGCCAUGAAGGUGCUGGGCAUCUCAGUGGAGGAGCAGAGGGCUCUGUGGCUCAUCCUGGGGGCCAUCUACCACCUGGGGGCAGCAGGGGCCACCAAAGAGGCUGGCGAAGCUGGCCGUAAGCAGUUUGCCCGUCAUGAGUGGGCCCAGAAGGCAGCCUACCUGCUGGGCUGCACCCUGGAGGAGCUCUCCUCUUCCAUCUUUAAGCACCAGGCCAAGGGGCCCAUGCAGAGGUCCACCUCCUUCCGUGGGGGGCCCGACGAGGUCGGCGCAGGAGACAGCUCAGGCUCUAAGAUCACAGCCCUGGAUUGUUUGGAGGCCAUGGCUUCAGGCCUGUACUCGGAGCUCUUCACCCUCGUUAUCUCCCUUGUCAACAGAGCUCUGAAGUCCAGUCAGCACUCACUGUGCUCUCUGCUCAUCGUGGACACACCGGGUUUCCAGAACCCUCGCAUGGCCAAGCGGCAGCGUGGUGCCACCUUCGAGGAGCUGUGCCACAACUACGCCCAGGAGCGCCUGCAGACUCUGUUCCACGAACGCACCUUUGUACAGGAGCUGGAGAGAUAUAAGGAGGAAAACAUAGAGCUUGCAUUAGAUGACAUAGAGUCCAGUACCUCAAUGUCUGUAGCAGCUAUAGACCAAGCAUCUACUCAAGCGCUGGUGCGCACCCUGGCGAGGACAGAUGAGGCUCGAGGUCUGCUGUGGCUGAUGGAGGAGGAGGCUGUGCAGCCAGGGGGCUCUGAGGACACUCUGCUGGAGAGACUCUUCAGUUACUACGGCCCUGACCAGGGGGACAACAAAGGACACGCCCUGCUCCUGAAGAGCGACAAGCCGCAUCACUUCCUGUUGGGCCACAGCCACGGGACAGACUGGGUGGAGUACGAUGCUCAGGGUUGGCUGAGCCACGCCAAGCAGAACCCCGCCUCCCAGAAUGCUGCCACUCUGCUGCAGGACUCACAGAAGAAGAACAUCAGCAGUCUGUUCUCUAGUCGUAGUGGAGGGCCCACAGUGCUGUCUGGCUCUAUCGCAGGGUUGGAGGGGGGAUCUCAGCUGGCCCUCCGCAGAGCCACGAGCAUGAGGAAGACCUUCACAACCGGCAUGGCUGCCGUAAAGAAGAAGAGCCUCUGCAUCCAGAUCAAACUGCAAGUGGAUGCUCUGCUGGACACAGUACGCAGGUCCAGAGUUCACUUUGUCCACUGCCUACUGCCCAAGGCAGAUGCGGUGGGGGUGGGUGGGGAGCCGCGCGUGGCCCACGGAGAAAGCUGCGACUCAGGCCUCAUGCAGCUGGAUGUGGGCCUUCUGAGGGCUCAGCUCCGUGGAUCGAAGCUUAUUGACGCGCUGCGCAUCUACAGGCAAGGUUACCCUGAUCACAUGGUGUUCUCUGAAUUCCGUCGCCGAUUCGAUGUGUUGGCACCCCACCUGACCAAAAAGCACGGGCGCCACUACAUUGUCACAGACGAGAAGCGGGCUGUGGAGGAGCUGUUGGAGUCUCUGGACUUGGAGAAGAGCAGUUACCACAUGGGCCUGAGCAGGGUGUUCUUCAGAGCUGGGACCCUGGCCAAACUGGAGGAGCAGAGGGACGUCCAGACCAGACGCAACAUCACCAUGUUCCAGGCUGCCUGCAGAGGAUACCUGGCCAGACAGGCCUUCAAGAAGAGGAAGAUCCAGGACCUGGCUAUCCGCUGCAUCCAGAAGAACAUCAAGAAGAACAAGGGCGUGAAGGGCUGGGCCUGGUGGAAGGUGUUCACCACAGUACGCCCCCUUAUAGAGGUCCAGCUCACAGAGGAGCAGAUACGUGGCAAAGACGAGGAGAUUCAGCAGCUGAAAGGGAGGCUGGAGAAGGUGGAGAAGGAGAGGAACGAGCUGAGACUCAACAGUGACCGCCUGGAGAGCCGGAUCACAGAGCUGUCGUCGGAGCUGGCAGACGAGAGGAACACAGGAGAGUCGGCCUCUCAGCUGCUGGAGUCUGAGACCUCAGAGAGACUGAGACUGGAGAAAGACAUGAAGGACCUGCAGACUAAGUUUGACUCGAUGAAGAAGUCUAUGGACUCUAUGGAGAUGGAGGUGAUGGAGACCAGACUCCUCAGAGCCUCUGAGCUCAACGGAGAGAUGGACGACGACGACACAGGGGGAGAGUGGAGACUGAAGUAUGAGAGAGCCAUCAGAGAGAUUGAGUUCACCAAGAAGAGGCUCCAACAGGAGUUUGAUGACAAGCUGGAGAUUGAGCAGCAAAACAAACGACAGCUGGAGAGGAGGCUAAGUGACCUCCAGGCAGACAGUGAGGAGGUGCAGCGUACGGCCCAGCAGCUGAAGAAGAAGUGUCAGAGAUUGACGGCUGAGCUACAGGACACCAAGCUACACCUGGAAGGUCAGCAGAGCCGCAACCAUGACCUGGAGAAGAAACAGAGGAAGUUUGACUCCGAGCAGAACCUGUCUCAGGAGGAGGUUCAGAGGGAGAAGAAUAUUAGAGAGAUGCUGAGCAGAGAGAAGGACAUGCUGACUGGAGAGGUGUUUAGCCUACGACAGCAACUGCAGGACAAGGACCUGGAGAUGUGUGCGCAGAAUGUGAAGUUAGAACAGCUGGAGGCGGAGCUGCUGGACCUGUCGUCCCAGGAGACCAAGGAUGAGGCGUCCCUGUCCAAGGUGAAGAAGACAAUGCGUGACCUGGAGGCCAAGGUCAAAGACCAGGAAGAGGAGCUGGAUGAACAGGCCGGAACUAUACAGAUGCUGGAGCAGGCUAAGCUGCGUCUGGAGAUGGAGACAGAGAGACUGCGCCAGACACACUCCAAGGAGAUUGAGAGUAAAGAUGAGGAGGUGGAGGAGAUCAGACAGUCCUGCAGUAAGAAGCUGAAGCAGAUAGAAGUCCAGCUGGAGGAGGAGUAUAAUGACAAACAGAAGGUCCUACGUGAGAGGAGAGAACUGGAGACCAAGCUGCUGUCUGCCCAGGACCAGGUGAACCCCAGAGACGUGGAGACAGAGAAGAGGCUGAGGAAGGAUCUGAAGCGCACCAAGGCCCUGCUGGCCGACGCCCAGAUCAUGCUGGACCACAUGAAGAACAACGCCCCCAGCAAGAGAGAGAUUGCCCAGCUCAAAAACCAGCUGGAGGAGUCAGAGUUCACUUGCGCGGCAGCAGUGAAGGCCCGUAAAUCUAUGGAGGUGGAGAUUGAGGACUUGCAUGUGCAGAUGGACGACAUCUCCAAAGCCAAACAGGCUCUGGAGGAGCAGUUGAGCAGGCUGCAGAGAGAGAAGAAUGAUCUGCAGUCUCGUAUGGAGGAGGACCAGGAGGAUAUGAACGAGCUCAUGAAGAAGCACAAGUCAGCUGUCUCCCAGUCAACUCAGAACCUAGCCCAGAUUUCUGACCUACAAGCCCAGCUGGAGGAGGCCCUCAAGCAGAAGCAGGAUGUCCAGGAGAAGCUCUCGGCACUGCAAAGCCAGCUGGAGUUCCAGGAGACUUCUAUGGUGGAGAAGUCUCUGGUCAGCAGGCAGGAGGCCAAGAUCCGAGAGAUGGAGACCAAGAUGGAAUUUGAGAAGACACAGGUCAAACGCUUGGAGAGCCUGGUGGCCCGUCUGAAGGAGAACCUUGAGAAGCUAACAGAGGAGCGGGAUCACCGCAGCACCAGCGAGACCCGGGAGAAGGAGCAGAACAAGCGGCUCCAGAGACAGAUCAGAGAUAUCAAGGAGGAGAUGGGAGAGCUGGCCAAGAAGGAGGGAGAGGCCAGCCGCAAGAAACAUGAGCUGGAAAUGGAUAUUGAAAGCUUGGAGGCAGCCAAUCAGAGCCUGCAGGCGGACCUUAAACUAGCCUUCAAGAGGAUUGGUGACCUCCAGGCUGCCAUCGAAGAUGAGAUGGAGAGUGACGACAACGAGGACCUCAUCAACAGUUUACAAGACAUGGUGACAAAGUAUCAGAAAAGAAGGAACAAAACUGAGGGAGACUCAUCUGACUCGGAGGUGGAAGACCGUGUGGACGGGGUCAAGUCCUGGCUGUCCAAAAACAAAGGCUCGACCAAGAACCUCUCAGAUGACGGCAGCCUCAAGAGCGCCAGUCCUCCUAGCCGAAGACGGUUCUGCUUUGACAAAUCUGACGAAGAAGAGGAAGAAAAAAAAGAAGGUGGUGUGUCCCGAGGGUCCUACCGCUCCAGAAACACACGGGGCAGCUACCUGAACAACAGUAACAGCGAAGACAAGCUCUCUGAGACAACAUAGUUCACACACCAGCCAACAAACCCUGCAUGUUGAGAGGGCCCCUGUGGUGCUGUCAUCACACACAACCACUCUACUGUUCUUCUAACCCUGCAACAUGGCAAUGAUACUAUACACUAUCAUUAUUAUUCUACUGUUACAAAGCAGUCACAUGUGACAAUGUCUCCAUCUUGGAUCUGGCCCCGCCAGUUGAACAGCACCUCCAUUAAUAAUUUCUUGUCACUCCUGUCUCUGCUGGCUGCAUGAGGACAGCUGCUGCUUGGCUGGUGCCAUCGUCUCCUACUUCCUAGACUCUGUCAUCGUCAUCAUGGUUGUUACUGAGCCAAAGAACUAGCUAUGUUCCCUUGUGUUUUAUCACUGCAUCGGGGGACCAGAAAGAAAACAAAUCUGACAAAAAAAGACAGAGGAAAUAAGUACCAAAAAGCCUUUGUUGCAAGUAGAUGUGUACACUGUGUUAUUGCUUAUCAAGUAGAUGUGUACACUGUGUUAUUGCUUAUCAAGUAGAUGUGUACACUGUGUUAUUGCUUAUCAAGUAGAUGUGUACACUGUGUUAUUGCUUAUCAAGUAGAUGUGUACACGGUGUUAUUGCUUAUCAAGUAUAUGUGUACACUGUGUUAUUGCUUAUCAAGUAUAUGUGUACACUGUGUUAUUGCUUAUCAAGUAUAUGUGUACACUGUGUUAUUGCUUAUCUGAGUCCUGGUAAAAAGACCAGAGUUUAUUUUUGGGAGACGUACCGCUGAUAUACAGUACAUAGGGUCCUCUACAGCUGUGCUUAGAUUCUGGCUGCAGCGCGGCGCCACCCCCCUGAAAGAAGACGCUUUCAUCGGCUCAUCUGUUUGUUUUGUAUUGCUUGUUUUAGCAGGAGAAUGUUUCCUAACAGGAAGACAACAGAAGAGAGCUGCAGCACCAAACGGCUUUGUGAUGAAAGUUUAGCCCUUCUCUUCUUUUUUCCAUCUUUUUGUUUUGAUGUUUGAAAGAAGAUCAUUUGUUUUCGAGAGUCCUGCCAUCAAGAAAAUGAAUUUCCAGGAGGUUGGAGCGUAGCAUACCCAAUGAAAUGCCUUGCCUUUUAUUUCAACUUGAAUUGAACUAAGUACUUUGCAGAAAUGCUUUUGGGGUGAGAGUCUUUGGCUCAGCUGUUUUUCUUUCUUCUCUCUGUCGUUGUGGUUGUUGUUGUUCUCGUGCUUUUCACUCAUAUUUUUCUCUCCAUUUGAUGUUUGCUUUCCAAAGGGAACGAUAUUGAACACCAUGCUUUAUGGUGGUUUGCCUUUAGUUUAUAUAUACUUCAACACCAACAUGUUUUCUUUUUCUGAUAAACCAUAUUGGAUUACACAUGGUGAGGAUUUGGGUUCCUCAACGCGCAUGUUAAAUCCUCCUGUGUUGCAUCACCACUCUGUAAACUGGAUAUAAGGCAUUCAAAUCCAUUUCAGUGUCUCUGAAGCCUAUUUGUCAUGUAGGAUUCAUCAGUAUUCUGUCCUGAACCAUUGCCACUGUUCAUAACAGAGCAGCAGUUUAACCAGGAAGAUAUUAAAGACCCAUUCUUUUACGGUUGCGUGGUGUUACAUUGAACCCUUUGGCUGUCUCUUUAGUAUUUAUGAAUUAGCGUUAAUGAAUUGAGCAGGCCUGCCAAAAUGUGUAUUAUCCACCUGUACAUGGCAAGUGGGGCUGAAAGGAUUCUGUUGAUACUUUGCGUGAAGGGAGAAGUUUGGUGCGUUUGUAUUAUACAUGCUUUUUAAAGACACACCUUUUUCCUCAAUGCCAGGGUUUCUCCAACUCGGUCUUGGGGCCUGCCAGGGUGCACGUUUUGGUUUUUGCCCCUAGCGCUACACAGCUGAUUCAAAUAAUCAAAGCUUGCACCCGGGGUGGAGGGGGAUCAGGACCAAGUUGGGGAAACCCUGCUCUAUGCAGUCAACAUGAGUUUUAAAAGAAAUUGUAAACUGUUUUUUGAUCUUGUUUUAUGAUACUCUUAAACCAUGUAAACACCAGGCAAAACAAAGAAAUGAGCCAACAUAACAUUGCUGACUGUACACAUUAAUAUUUAUAUAAAUAUCUGUACUGAUUCAUGCUAGCUUUCAAAAUAGUAUAUUUUAUUUUCGUUAUUGAACAAAAUGACCACUUAUUAUGAGUAAUUUUGCAUUACAGUUUAAUAUAUUGUAAAUAAAUGAUGACUCAGACUGUAAUUUUAUUUUCUCUGGGUUUUUGUUUGACAUUUUCUGCAUUGGUGUUUCAGCCUCCAAGCUCCUAUCUGUCUUUUCAGACUUAAAUAUGCACAUUAGAAAAUAGUCUCCCACUUAACAUUUCUGGAGGGCAUACUGUGGUAUUUUUUUUCAUGAAAGGCAAAUAAAAAUAAAUUCUGUUCUCUGAUGCA